AUGCAAAAACAGGCCACGUUAUUGGCCCUUUUCGCCAUUAUUCUCGCACUGUUUAUCAGUACAUCUUCUGUUCAAGCUGCUGAUGAUAAAGAAGCAUAUGGAACUGUCAUUGGUAUUGAUUUGGGUACAACUUACUCUUGUGUUGCUGUUCAAAAGAAUGGACGUGUUGAAAUUAUUGCCAACGAUCAAGGUCACCGUAUCACUCCCUCCUAUGUUGCUUUCACUGACGAUGAACGUUUGAUCGGUGAUGCCGCCAAGAACCAAUUCUCUGCUAACCCUGAACGUACUGUCUUUGAUGCUAAGCGUCUUAUUGGUCGUCGUUUCAACGACAAGGAAGUUAAGAAUGACUCCAAGCAUUUCCCCUUCACUGUCGUCAACAAGAAUGGUGCUCCCAACAUCCAAGUUAAGGUCAAAGGCGAAGAUAAGGUCUUCACUCCUGAAGAAAUCUCUGGUAUGGUCUUGACUAAGAUGAAGGAAACUGCUGAAGCUUAUCUCGGUAAGCCCGUUACUCACGCUGUUGUUACUGUUCCUGCCUACUUCAACGAUGCUCAACGUCAAGCUACCAAGGAUGCCGGUACUAUUGCUGGUCUUAACAUCAUCCGUAUCCUCAACGAACCUACUGCCGCUGCUAUUGCUUACGGCUUGGAUAAGACCGACGGUGAAAAGAAUGUUCUUGUUUACGAUUUGGGUGGUGGUACCUUUGAUGUCUCUCUCUUGUCUAUUGAUGAUGGUAUCUUUGAAGUCUUGGCUACUGCUGGUGAUACUCACUUGGGUGGUGAAGAUUUCGAUGCCCGUGUCAUUGAUCACUUUGUCAAGGUCUGGAAGAAGAAGAACGGUGAUGACAUUACCACUGACCUCAAGGCCAUGAGUAAGCUUAAGCGUGAAGUUGAAAACGCCAAGCGCGCCCUCUCUUCUCAAAUGUCUGUCCGUAUUGAAAUCGAAUCUUUCUACAAGGGUAAGGACUUCUCCGAAACUUUGACUCGUGCCAAGUUUGAAGAACUCAACAACGACUUGUUCCGUAAGACUUUGAAGCCUGUUGAACAAGUUAUUAAGGAUGCUGGUUUCACUAAGGAUAAGGUUGAUGAAAUCGUCCUCGUUGGUGGUUCUACUCGUAUUCCCAAGGUUCAAAAGCUCCUCGAAGACUACUUCAACGGUAAGAAGCCCUCUAAGGGUAUUAACCCUGAUGAAGCUGUUGCUUUCGGUGCUGCUGUUCAAGGUGGUAUUCUUUCUGGUGAAGAAUCCUCUGACAAGGUCUUGUUGUUGGAUGUUAACCCCUUGACUCUCGGUAUUGAAACUACUGGUGGUGUCAUGACCAAGCUUAUCCCUCGUAACACUGUCAUUCCUACCAAGAAGUCUCAAAUCUUCUCUACUGCUGCUGAUAACCAACCCACUGUCUUGAUUCAAGUCUUUGAAGGUGAACGUGCCUUGACCAAGGAUAACAACCAACUUGGUAAGUUUGAAUUGAACGGUAUUGCUCCUGCUCCCCGUGGUGUUCCUCAAAUCGAAGUUACCUUUGAAAUUGAUGCCAACGGUAUCUUGAAGGUCAGCGCUGCUGAUAAGGCCUCUGGCAAGUCUGAAUCCAUCACUAUCACCAACGAUAAGGGCCGUCUUUCUGAAGAAGAUAUUGAACGUAUGGUCAGAGAAGCUGAAGAAUUCGCUGAAGAAGAUAAGGCUGUUCGUGAACGUACUGAAUCCAAGAACAAGUUGGAAAACUACAUCUACACUGUCAAGAGUCAAUUGGCUGAAGAUGGUGCUCUUGCCACCAAGAUUUCCGCUGAAGACAAGGAAGCCAUUGAAGAUGCUAUCAAGGAUAAGCUCGCUUGGAUCGAUGAAAACCCUACUGCUCUUCGUGAAGACUUUGACGAAAAGCGUGAAGAAUUAGAAUCUGUCAUCAACCCCAUCACUACCAAGUUGUAUGCUGAUGGCUCCUCUGCUGGUUCUGAUGAACCUUUGAGAGAUCACGAUGAAUUGUAA